AUGUCUACGGUGAGCACGGCUACCAUGUCACCUUCACUCGCUACUCCCCCCAACGACGAGUGGAUUACAUCCGCCGACACUUCCGGAACCAUAAGAUUCUGGGGUGUCCACAAUAGCUUCGUCCUCCACAACGAGUUUUGCAUCCUCUCCUGCCGAAUCGACGAUCUGCAAUGGUCCCCUGAUCAAUUGAGGAUCGUCGUCUCCGGCGACGGCAAGGGAAAAUCCUUCGUACGUGAUUUCGUGUGGGAUUCGGGUAGCACCGUGGGGGCAUUUGACGGAAAUUCAAAGCGAGUGUUGAGCUGUGCUUUCAAGCCGACGCGGCCUUCCGGAUUGUUAGCUGCGGAGAGGAUUUCAUUGUGA